AUGGAGGACGAUUACUGUGCAGUAUGCGCCGAUACGUUGGAAUGGGUGGCUUACGGAGCUUGUGGCCACAAAGAUGUGUGCUCCACCUGCGUCGCUCGUCUUCGCUUUAUCUGCGGUGACUCCUGUUGCUGCAUUUGCAAGACCCGGUCCGACGUCGUUUUCGUCACCAAGGCUCUUGGAGAUUAUACCAACACAAUUAGUGACUUUUCAAUCUUGCCUUCUCAACCAAAGGAGGGUCGAGUUGGCGGCACCUCCUAUUGGUACCACGAGGACACACAAGCAUUCUUUGAUGAUGCUGAUCACUAUAAGAUGGUCAAGGCAAUGUGCAAGCUCUCUUGUAGCGUAUGUGAUAAGAAGGCAGCCGAGGAAGGCACAGACCAAGUGCCUGGUGAUGGAUCGUCGAGGAGAAGAACAUCUAGGUUUAGGAACAUUGAACAGCUCAAAGGCCAUCUCUUUCAUCAGCAUAAGUUGUUUAUGUGCAGCUUGUGUUUGGAAGGAAGGAAGGUAUUUAUCUGUGAGCAAAAACUUUAUAGCAGAUCACAACUAACUCAACACACAAACACCGGUGAUUCCGCUGUGGAUGGAAGUGAAAGUGAAAGAGGGGGCUUCAUGGGCCAUCCUAGAUGUGAAUUUUGUCGAACCCCAUUCUAUGGAGAUAAUGAACUGUAUUCCCACAUGUCUACUGAACAUUUCACCUGCUUUAUUUGUCAAAGGCAGCAUCCUGGACAAUAUGAAUACUACAAGGAUUACGAUGACUUGGAGAUUCACUUUCGUCGGGACCACUUUUUGUGUGAGGAUGACUCCUGCCUGGCUAAGAAGUUUAUAGUUUUUUCAUCUGAGUCCGAACUGAAGAGGCAUAAUGCCAUGGAGCAUGGAGGCCAUAUGUCUCGUUCUCAGCGCAGUGCUGCAUUGCAGUCGCCCGAUGGGAGAGUCACCAUCGACCUCAUCCAUUGCAAGGCAGACACCUGCGUCGUCAGAAAUCCCGACUUACCAAGAUACCGCGAAGCCUUGUCACUGCAGUCAAAGAAUUCACAACUCGGAUCGGUCGACGACAUUGACGCCCGAUGUGCAGCAGUCGUGGCCCACAUUAAAUGUUUCCUCACGAUCUGCAAUGUCGACUUCUGGGCCGAGCAAGAGCAGUUCCGGCAAACUGUUCAGUCACAGCAGAAGUCCCGUGCGGGUAGAAGGAGAUUAAUAAUCGGAUCGGGAACAGGCUCAGAAAUCCUUGUCUACCGGUUGCCUAAAGGAAUCAAGAUUGCGUCUUUCCAAGUUUUUGAAGGGAUCCGUGUCCAUGGCAUCACUUCUUCUCAACACCAUUACACUGACGACUCUCUAUCUUUUUCUUAUUGCACCAUUGCUGUCUAUGGUGAAAGAAGAGUCAAGUUAUACAAGUUUCGGAUCAGCUGUCUUAAUCAUACCGAUCAUCUGGAACUUGCUCUUGUUUCUUCAUUGCCAAAGUUCAACCACUGGGUUCUCGAUGUUUGCUUCUUGCAGUGUCAUGCUGCGGGCCCCAGUAAUUGGCUUGGCAUCGGUUGUAGUGACAAUUCUGUUUGGUUUUGGGAUAUUAAGAAUGGUCAUGUCCUUGCUCAAGUCCGAUGCCCAGAUAGAUGUUUGCUGUAUUCCAUGCGCAUGUGGGGCUGUGAUGCUGAAUCCUUGCUUAUCGCAUCUGGCACUAUAUACAACCAGAUUGUUGUUUGGAAAUUGGAUUUUGAGAAGCAUUCUAUAAUAGAUGAGGUUGCCAAAUUUUCUGGCCUGCAAUAUCAAGUUGUUAUCUUAGGUAGAUUAGUGGGGCAUGAAGGUUCAAUUUUCCGUAUAGCAUGGUCAGCGGAUGGGUCAAAAUUGGUGUCUGCCUCAGAUGAUCGUAGUGCCCGUGUUUGGGUCGUCAGUAACGCCAGAGGGGAUGCUUCAGAUAGUCCCAAAAACAUUCAUUAUUUGGUCGGACCUGUUUUAUUUGGUCAUACUGCCCGAGUUUGGGACUGCUAUGUAUAUGAUAAUUUAAUUGUUACUGCUGGCGAGGAUUGUACUUGUCGCGUAUGGGGUUUAGAUGGUCAACAACUUGAAGUGAUUAAGGAGCACAGUGGAAGAGGAGUAUGGCGAUGUUUGUAUGAUCCAAAUAAUUCACUUAUUGUUACGGCUGGACUUGAUUCUGCACUAAAAGUUUAUCAAAUGACUUCAGCGUACUCUUCCAAGACCUUGGAUAGAUCAAAGAGACCCACUGAGGAAGAUUCAAUGGGCGGAAAUGAAGUUUUCACAUUCACUUUGCCUAAUUCUUCAGGGUAUAUUGGCCUGACAGACAGCAAAAGUGAAUAUGUACGUUGUUUACAUUUCUCUGGGGAAAACUCACUUUAUGUUUCCACCAACAAUGGUUAUUUGCACCACCUACUAUUUGAUAGCAAAAAGGAGGAGAAGUGGACGGAACUCGUCCAUCUCAAUGAGGGGGCCCCAGUUGUGUGCAUGGACGUAUAUUCCGAUACUCAGGAAGUUCCAGAUACGGUUGACGACUGGAUUUCCAUGGGGAAUGGUAAAGGAAGCUUGAUGAUUGUUCGCGUUAUCGGUCAGAAAUCAAGACGUGAAGUCGUGAAUACCAUUGUUUGGUCUGCUGAGAUAGAGAGGCAGCUCUUGGGAACUUAUUGGUGCAAGUCAUUAGGAAAAAGGUUCGUUUUCACUGCUGAUCCUAAAGGGCAAUUGAAGUUAUGGAGGCUUUCGGGGUCUUUAGCCCUUGAUCGUGGAAUUGUUAACUCAAGCCCUGAUGACGUUUGCUUAAUAUCAACAUACACAUCAUGUUAUGGAAGACGAAUUAUGUGUUUGGAUGCUUCAUUAGAGAGUGAGGUGCUAGUUUGUGGGGACAUUCACGGCAACAUUCUACUGUUUCCUUUAUCGGAGGCUUUAUUGUUUGGAACAUUGGUUGAUUCGGAAGUGAAAACAAUGGCCCCAGUUAGCUAUUUCAAAGCAGCUCAUGGAAUAUCAAGGGUUUGCAGCGUCUCAAUUACUGGUUCUAGUUUGGAUCAAGUAGAGAUUUGUUCGACUGGGCAAGAUGGGUGCAUUUGCUACUUGGAAUGUAAUAAAGCUUGGGGGAGUUUGGAAUUUGUUGGGAUGAAAGAAGUGAAAGAAAUAAGUUCAGUUUCGUCUGUUUUUUGGAACGGUGAUCGUUAUGAUAAUCUGGACAUUAAAGGAUAUGCUGUUGGCUUUGCAUCAUCAGAUUUCAUAAUAUGGAACUUAACAUCUGAUACAAAGGUUUUCAAAGUUGCAUGUGGUGGAUGGCGUCGCCCUCAUUCAUAUUACGUUGGCAAAUUUCCAGAGAAAAAUACCUGUUUUGCAUUCAUAAAGAAUGAAAUCAUUUAUGUACAUCGAAAUUGGGUAAACGAGAGUGACAAAGAAUUGUAUCCUCAAAAUCUGCAUUUACAGUUCCACGGUAGGGAGAUACACACUGUCUGUUUUAUCACGGGAGCCUCGGAAUGUUUCUUGAAGAAAAAGCAUGACGCGACGUCCAGAACUGUUGGGAUUGCAACAGGCUGUGAAGAUGGAACCGUGCGAUUGACUAGAUACGUGCAAGGUUCCAACAGCUGGACAUCUUCGAGACUGCUUGGUGAACACGUCGGUGGAUCAGCUGUCAGAUCCUUAUGUUGUGUCUCAAAGCUGUAUAAGAUAAAGUUCGACAGCAUGUCUCAUAUGCCUAAUGAUGUUCGUAGCGAAAAGAGUUCAAUCGAAGAGUUAGAAAAUUCAUUAUUACUGAUUUCGGUUGGUGCGAAAAGAGUUGUAACUGCUUGGAGACAAAGAUACCAUGGUUCAUCUUUUUUGUUCCAGUGGCUUUCCUCAGAUAUGCCGACAAGAAAAAACAGGAAUCAAGACAGCAAAAGACAAAUUGUUGAAAUUGAGAAAGAAGCUACUACUGUAAAUGCUACAAAUCUUUCUGCAAACAUGAAUAAGAUAUUGAAAAAGGGUCUCGAAGAAGACAAAUAUGAAGAAAAUGACUGGAGAUAUCUUGCAGUUUCGGCAUUUCUUGUUAAAGUUGUUACCAGCUCCAGAAUAUCUGUCUGCUUUGUUGUGGUUGCUUCUUCAGAUGCUACUGUUACGCUGCGUGCUCUCCUAUUACCUUGUCGAUUUUGGUUUGAUGUUGCUAUUUUGAGCCCCUCUUCUUCACCAGUCUUGGCCUUGCAGCAUGUCAUCGUAUCUGAACGUUCAGGGAUUGAUGAUAACCUUUUGGUUGGAAGAAGCGUCUAUAUCAUCAUAAGUGGAUCUACAGAUGGAAGUAUAACCUUCUGGGAUUUGACUAAAGAAGUUGAAGAUUUUCUGCGACAAGUAUCAUCCCUUCAAAUAAAUGAAUUAAUUGAUUCCCACAAAAGGCCACAAACUGGUAGAGGGAGCCAAGGCGGAAGAUGGUGGCGAAGCUUCGGGCGUGAUGUAUCAAAGAAGAAGUCGUGUAAUCAGUUUCAGAAAGGAAAAACGGAAAAAGAAUUUCUUUCUCAUUCCACCACUAAAACAAAAGAGACAGACGUCAAAAAUAAUGUGCCCGAAACACCUGGCACACUAUUUCAUGAGGAAGAUGCAUCUGUCUUAUGCCAUGUUAAAGACGAAAAAGUAGAUGGUAUAUCCCUAGAAGUACCUACAAUUGUGCCGUUGCAUGUUUUUGGAAAUAUUCAUCAAUCAGGGGUCAAUUGUCUCUAUGUCUCGGACACUAAGGACGUUGAUUCUUCUAAAAACAAUUCUACCUUCUGUGUUUUGAGUGGGGGCGAUGACCAAGCCCUCAACUGUCUUCGGUUUACUUUGUCAAUGAAAAGUACAUCCCAGGCACAACAAAGUUCGAAGCCAAUUUACACUUGUGAAAUUCAGAACUAUCUGAUGAAGUUUAUAUCACUAGAGACCAGCAUAUCAGCUCACAGUUCGGCUGUCAAAGAUGUCUGGACAGAUGGUCAUUGGGCAUUCUCUACUGGGCUUGAUCAGCGUGUCAGAUGUUGGAAAUUAGGUCGAUUUGGUAAUUUAAUCGAACAUUCCCAUCUAAUCGUCAGUGUGCCAGAGCCAGAAGCACUCGAUGCCCAUACAUGUGCUAGGAACCAUUAUCAGAUUAUUGUAGCAGGUAGGGGCAUGCAAAUGCUGGAGUUUUGCCCUCUUGAUGUUAGGAGGUGA